UCGAGCGAGGGAUGCAGCGGCAGAAGGGGGUGGCAGGAGGUUGGCGCAUCAGCCGCCGCCUCAGCCGGCCUCCACUUGCGCGCUGCACUCUGGGCUAACAUGGCAGCUUCCUGUCCCCCUCUCGGCUUCCCUCUGCCCUGACCCCCCGCCCCGCGGUCGGCCGUGGGGGCUUCUCUCCGGGCUGGGGGGGCUGCGGGUUGGAGCUCGCCAUGGAGAAGAGCUCCAGCUGCGAGAGGCUCAGCCCCCAGCAGGCUGCCGCCCCCGCCGCCACCCGCCAGCCGAGCAUGGAUUCCCUCUCCAGCUGCGCGUCCACCUCUCAUUCAGACCAGUCAGCACAGACAAAAUCUGCUUCUGUUGUCUCGUCAGACUCUAUCUCCACCUCCACAGAGAACUACUCUCCAGAUUUAAGGGUCCUCAGAGAAUCUAAUAAAUUGGCUGAAAUGGAGGAGCCCCCUUUGUUACCUGGAGAAACCAUUAAGGACAUGGCAAAAGAUGUUACUCAUAUCUGCCCAUUUACCGGAGCUAUUAGAGGAACUUUGACAGUUACAAAUUACAGACUGUACUUUAAAAGCAUGGAAAGGGUUCCUCCUUUUGUUCUCGAUGCCCCUCUAGGAGUGAUCAACCGUGUCGAGAAAAUUGGAGGGGCUUCUAGCCGCGGUGAAAAUUCAUACGGGCUUGAGAUCGUCUGCAAGGAUAUUCGGAACCUGCGGUUUGCACAUCGCCCUGAGGGCCGCACGAGAAGGUCUAUAUUUGAAAACUUAAUGAAAUACGCCUUUCCAGUAUCAAACCACUUGUCCCUUUUUGCAUUUGAAUACAAAGAAGUUUUCCCAGAAAACGGCUGGAAGGUUUACGAUCCUGUUCUGGAAUACAGAAGACAGGGUAUUCCUAAUGAAAGUUGGAGACUGACCAAGGCGAAUGAGCGUUACGAGCUUUGCGAUACCUAUCCUGCUCUUUUAGCUGUUCCCGCCAAUAUUCCUGACGAGGAACUGAAGCGAGUGGCGACAUUCCGAUCUAGGGGUCGCAUACCUGUUUUGUCCUGGAUUCACCCGGAAAGCCAAGCCACAAUCACCCGCUGCAGCCAGCCAAUGGUUGGCGUGAGCGGCAAGAGAAGCAAGGAGGACGAAAAGUACUUGCAGGCGAUCAUGGACUCCAACGCCCAGUCGCACAAGAUCUUCAUCUUCGACGCCAGGCCGAGCGUGAAUGCCGUAGCUAAUAAGGCCAAAGGAGGAGGUUAUGAAAGUGAAGAUGCCUAUCAGAAUGCAGAGUUGGUGUUUCUGGACAUCCACAAUAUCCACGUGAUGAGAGAGUCACUGAGGAAACUCAAGGAGAUUGUAUAUCCUACCAUAGAAGAGUCACACUGGCUGUCAAAUUUGGAAUCCACUCAUUGGCUAGAACAUAUCAAGCUCAUUCUUGCGGGUGCUCUUCGGAUCGCUGACAAAGUGGAAUCCGGGAAGACCUCGGUGGUGGUCCAUUGUAGCGACGGCUGGGACCGAACUGCUCAGCUCACCUCUCUGGCUGUGCUCAUGUUGGACGGCUACUACCGGACAAUACGAGGUUUCGAAGUCCUGGUGGAAAAGGAAUGGCUGAGUUUUGGGCACAGAUUCCAGCUGAGGCUGGGUCACGGAGACAAGAAUCAUGCGGACGCAGACCGCUCUCCUGUUUUUCUCCAGUUUAUCGACAGUGUCUGGCAGAUGACAAGACAGUUUCCCACAGCGUUUGAAUUCAACGAGUGCUUUCUGAUCACCAUCUUGGACCACCUCUACAGCUGUUUGUUUGGGACAUUCCUGUGCAAUAGCGAGCAGCAGAGGGUGAAAGAGGGCAUGCCAAACAAGACAGUGUCGCUGUGGUCCUACAUUAACAGCCAGCUCGAAGACUUCACCAACCCUCUCUAUGCCGGCUACACCAACCAUGUCUUGUAUCCUGUGGCAAGCAUGCGCCACCUAGAGCUUUGGGUGGGCUACUACAUCCGGUGGAAUCCACGGAUGAAACCACAGGAGCCGGUGCACAAUCGUUACAAAGAACUCCUGGCGAAGCGGACGGAGCUCCAAAAGAAGGUGGAAGAGCUCCAGCGGGAAAUCACCAACCGGUCCACCUCAUCCUCCGAGAGAGCAGGCUCUCCCGCCCAGUGCAUCACUCCGGUCCAGACUGUUGUGUAACAGACUCUUUGAUUCGGAACUCUGCAGGUCCCGUCUCCACAAGAGGCAGUUUCUAUUUCAGAGAAGAGGAAGAUGAAAGCGGAAAUCUCUGAAGCCGGAAGGCAGCGUCUCAGAGUCAAACACGGCUUAUUUAUUAUGCUACACCCCUCUAGAGAGCUUUUAUUAGUAUUGUAGCGCUGUAGGAAAUGAAAGAUUUUCCCUUUCUUUUUUAAAAAAGGCCUCUUAUAAUGACCCCCUGAGGCAGGUAAUUUUUAAAAGGAAGCAGUCUUGCCUGAUUCCCGAGACAAAACAAAAAGUGUUCAGAGGUCAAUCUGGUGUUGAAUUAAGCUGCAAGCCUUCGUGCCAAUGUCAGGCAAACAGACCUGGAGACAAAACACCCGGUGGGGAAAUCUGGGUCUGCUCCUAUCCCUACUGCCGCUUCCCAAUGAGCAACUCCCCAAAACUAUCGUACGUGGGUUGCAACAUGCAGCUAUCUGAAAUCUACAGGGAGGAAGCAGUUAAGAAUUCUUGGUGAUCAGAUGUAAGCACUUAAACAGCCCUACGGAGUCUUUUGGAUUCAGAGCCUUUGCCAAUGGAAAGAACAGCUUCCAAAGAGGAGAGAUCAAGACUGUCCGUUUUGGCAUGUUAAGUGCUUAAGAGAGUCAGGCCAACUCCGGCAUCAACAGUCCAGCAAUGCCUUGUGCCCCCCAAAACCACCAUUGGCGUUGGUGCAAUUGACACCAGCACGCUAGAUGAGAAACGAGCACGGCACCAGCUUCAUAUCAGCACGGGGCCUGUUCCAUAUCAAGACGCUGCUAAGUGCUGUGUGUGCGUUGCCUCCAUCUCUGAUGAGGGAUUGCACCUGAAGCAAACCGCGGAGGGCAGCGGGUUUUUUAUAGGGAAGGACAAGAAUGCACCCGACUUGCGUGCUUAGGAGGACUAGCGAGAUCCGGGUACUUUGCUUACUGGCACGGCAAAGGAGACUCUUUUCCCGCUUGGGCUGCAGUAGAGUUAUUGCAAGUGUUAAAGUGAUGAGGAUGAUUAUCUGGUGGUCUCUGUGUUCGUGCAGCUGACCAUGUUCUGCCACUGACAAAAAUGGGUAAUUUAAUAGCAGACAUCUGAUUAUGGGAAAAAGCAAGGUACUGGCAUUGUCAUUUUCCCUUUCUUUUCGCGAUUAGCGUGUAGGUAGCGGGUAACGCCACAUCGGUACGACUUAUCAGUAUCACCAAGCCAGAACUAGAAUCUGGCGGCACAGGAGCUGGGCUUUUCAUUCUGCCCUUAUUUCUCCCUGCAAUCUUUUCAGUUCUGCCUUCUAUUUUCCAUUGAAGCAGUUGGCAGAGCGGCUCAAAGCCUGUGGAGACGCAUGAAAUGGGGAUGUUUGGAGGCGGGGAUUACCUUUUUUGGGGGGGGGGGGCUAAAUAGAUAAUUAUGGUGGAAGAGGUUGAGAGCGAUAACUUUGAACUCAAGGGCCUUUCUGCAUGGAUAGGAAACGUAUUAAAGUUGUACUGUGUCGUAGUAGCCAGUGGGUGGCGUAAUUUUGCUUUCUGAACAUUCUGAUAGCUAACGUUUGGGUCUGGAAAACUUUGCCGUGGCUUUGAAAAGAAGUGUUUUGUAUGUUGGGUGAGCACAUGUCUUUGAUUGGCAUCAGUGGUAAAGUGGAUACCUGUUUCAUUUUGACCAACGUGCACAUUUUGAGGUUCUUUCCAGUUGUGCCAAAGUAGUUUCUGAGGACCGCUGGGGUUGCACGGAAACUGAUGGUGGCAUCCCAUCACCAGUAAGAUGAGUCAAAGGGAUUUUUUUUUGCAAGUUUUAAGAGGAGCUAAGUCUAUUCUACCUCUCCAGAAAAUCGCUAGAAAGAGGCUUAACCCCCUGUUCCCCCACUAGGCUCCCAAAGACACCCUUUUAUUUCUAACCCCCUCCCCACAUAAAGAGACUGAUAACCAUUAAUUAAACAGGGGGGAAAUGCUUCACCGAAGACCACUGUUGCAGUGAUAACACUCUAUCCUCCAGAGGAAUUUCACUGGGCAUCAGAUGCAUUUUUCUCCAUACAGAGCUGGCCUCGCAUCAUAGAGAUGUGCACUUUUGCUACUAUCCCUAGAAGAGACAUAUCCCCCUGUGGAUGAUACUAGUAGUCAUUGGGCCCGUCAUGGCUUUGGGUGGGCCUUUAUCUCCAGAGCAUUUUCCAGGAACUCUCCUUUCCACUCUUUCUCUUGCCAAUCCAGGGUCUGACACUAAAGAAGAAGAAGAGUUUGGAUUUAUACCCCACCUUUCUCUCCUGUAAGGAGACUCAAGGUGGCUGACAAACUCCUUUCCCCACAACUUAGUGAAUACCUGGUAGAGGCAAGGUGGGGCUUCAGAGAG